CUGCUAGUAUAAAUUGAUCGGUGUUCGACUGUCGCCAGGCCACGUGCUUGCCAGCGUUAACGCCGGGAGUAGAUAUCUACGUUCCUCGUCUCCGACUUAUUUUAAAGACAUCAUUUGCGUUACUUCAAUAAUUACCGAUUCUAUCAGACAUGUCGGACCUGAAUAAUAUUUGCCAACUGACUACGGAUCCGAAUUUCGGGACCAAAGCCAUUCACGUGGGACAGGAUCCAGACCAAUGGACUUACAGGAACGUCGUGCCUCCCGUAGCGCUCACCACCACGUACAAGCAGAAGGGGCCAGCCGACACCUAUGGUUUCGAAUACGGCAGGAGCGGUAACCCUAGCAGAAAAGUAUUACAAGAAUGCAUAGCGUCUCUGGAGAACGCCAAGUACUGUGCGACCUUCUCUUCCGGCCUGGGCGCCACCACGGCUGUUGCUCAUCUUCUAAAAUCUGGAGAUCACGUACUGGCCGGCGACGACAUGUACGGAGGCACCAACCGGUAUUUUUCAAAAGUGGCAUCGAAAUUCGGACUCAAAAUCUCACUAGUCGAUUUUACGGCCAAUUUAGACUUUAACAAACUUAUUUUACCAGAAACUAAGUUGGUAUGGAUGGAGAGUCCCACAAAUCCUUGUUUAAGAGUAAUCGACAUAGAAAAAAUUGCGACUGCCAUUCAUAACAUUAGAAAAGACAUUACCGUAUUAGUCGAUAACACAUUCAUGACUCCUUAUUUUCAAAAACCAUUGACACUGGGCGCGGAUUUAGUGUUAUAUUCAUGUAGUAAAUAUUUAAACGGACAUUCGGACGUCAUAAUGGGUGCAGUCGUCACGCAGAGGCUAGACCUUUACGAAGGCCUAGCUUUUAAUCAGAACUCCUUGGGCAUUAUGUCGUCGCCGUUCGACUGUUUCCUCGUUAACCGCGGUCUCAAGACCCUACACGUGCGCAUGAUGGAGCACCAGAAAAACGGAUUCGCCAUCGCUCGUUUCCUGGAGAAACAUCCGCUCGUCGAGAAAACCCUACACCCCGGUUUGCCGUCCCAUCCCCAGCACGAGGUUGCCAUACGCCAGUGCAGCGGUUUCAGCGGCAUGGUGUCGUUUUAUAUCAAAGGCGGCAUCAAGGAAGCAACCAAGUUUUUGCAGACGAUUAAGGUGUUCUGUUUAGCAGAGAGUUUGGGCGGAUACGAGAGUCUCGCCGAUCACCCCGCUUUAAUGACUCACGCUUCAGUGCCGGCCGACGAGAGAGCCACUUUAGGGAUCACCGACAAUUUAAUCCGCCUAUCCGUCGGCUUAGAAUCUGAACAAGAUUUAAUUGCCGACCUUGAUCAAGCGUUAAACGCUUCUGUCAAAUAAUAACAUAUUAUCUAACUUAUGUAAUAACUAGUUUGAUUUAUAGUUGUAUAUUAUCUUCAGAUUCUUGUUAACUACGAUAAAAUAUAUUAAAUACUAUUUUA